CGAUCGGACCCGACCCCCACAGUUCCCGCUCUUGGGCUGUGCAUCCCGCGGUGGCUUGCCCCUGUCAGUCCGUCGCCUCGGUCUGCAUCUCGAUCUUGGCCUUGGCCUCCGUCCCCCAAAAACCCCUGCAUCCGAGUCCAUCGAUUCAUUCUCGCCCACCUCCAUCGCGCUGUCAUGCCGGACGAAGAGGGCCUUGGCAGAACCUAUGUCUGCACGACGCAUGGACCCAAGCACGACUAUUUCCUCUCUUACCGGGUCGCCACCGAGUUCGGCACCGUCUCGGAUCUGAAGAAGCACCUCGGCACGAUCGGCCCCCGUCACGGCAAGAGCAUCGCUGUUUUCCAUGAUGUCGACUGUCUCGUCGAUGCCAACGCCUGGCGUGACGGAUUCCUGGGUGCGCUUCCCAAGAGCUCGGUUAUCGUCCUGCUGGUCAGCCUCGGCUCUGCCAAGAUGAUGAAGGACAAGGCUGCAAAGGGCCAGGAAGACAAUGUCAUCCUCGAGAUCAAGACGACGAUGGACUUGAUGGAAAGUGGCAAGACCUUCAAGGUCGUGCCGCUGCUCGUUGCCACCCAGGACGAAUCCACAGGCACCUUCAGUCCCUUCGUUCCAGACGCAACCCUGUUUCCAGGCGAUCCUGUCUUCGACUCUGUCAAGCAGGUCAUCGAGCGCAUGAUGCGCCUACCUCACUACAGCUACUACCCAAAGCAAGCCCACAAGAGAAUAUAUCAGAUCCUCAGCACACUGCUGCCAAACCGAAUCGGGAGAGAGCUGCAAGCCAAGCUGGACAGUCGCCACUUUUGCGAGCCAACCCAUCGCGUCAAUCCAGAUCAUCUCGACUACCUCCUCCGCCAGGUCACCAUGAACGGCCGGGCCAUCAUUUCCGGGCCCGAGGGCUCUGGCAAGUCCGUCCUGGCCCGCCAGUUCAUGCUCUACAUGUCUGGCCAGCUGCAGUCGCUUAAUCGCGACGAGCUCGACCACCAGAUCACCGAAACGAUCGGCCGUCACCCGCAAUACGCCCGCAUCUACUGGAUCGAUUGCUCCAGCACGGCCUCGGUCCUGGACGAUCUGAGCGAGAUCUUUCCAGGUGUUGAUCAGAGCGUCAUCCGUCGUCAUGCCGCCGCGUUCUUUGCCCAGAACCGAGGCUACCUCCUCAUCGUCGACCACGUAGAUGACCCCAAGGUCGCCAACUUUGCCUUUGAAUACUGUCGAGCCACCGGAUUCGGCGGCGAUGUCGUCGUAGCGACUCGGUUCCAGACCAUUGCCAGCGGCCACUUUCUGGUUGCGCUCAAGACCAGGAUGCUCAAGUUCAGACAGGAACCGCUCCACCUCGGCUCGUGGACCGAGGACACGGCGCUGCAAUAUCUCCUUGCCCAUCCCGCCAUGGCAAGCCAUGUUUCCUCACAGACCGCCAAGGAAACCCUGCAGACGAUCGUCUCCAAAAUCGACCCAUCACCGCUUGCGAUCCAAACGUUCAUUGGCAUUGUCGCUGGCGCCCGCUCUCUCGCGUCUCUGAGCCAGCAGUUUGGCGAGGCACCUUCGUCCAAGCUCACGUUCAAAUCGUUGGUGGAGUUAUCGAUGGAUCUGCUGUCGAAGGAAAGUGCCUAUAAAAUGAACGCCAUCCGGAUGCUUGGUUCUGCGGCACUUCUGUCGCCAGAGGGCAUUUCGCUCGAGUUGAUUCGCUUCAUCGCGCUUCAGCUGAAGAUUUCCGACGAUGUCGACGCCCUGGUUCAAGUUCUUGCUGCGAGCCGAUUGUUGCAGCUCGCCGCUGCUGGUCGCUGCCGGAUGCACCCCUUGACUCAGCACGCAGUCCGCGAGUAUAUACAGUCGCAUCACGAAGCAGAGAUGGACGACAUCAAGACAAGCGUGGGGAUUGCACUUGUCGCCUACGCCAAGGAGCAGUCUGGCCGGUACAUCCUCGACACAGCCCGUCACCUGAACCCCUAUAUCCAGCACGCUGUCCCAAGUGUCUUCACAGAGGAGCACCAGAUCCAUGCUCUGACGAUACUCGGAGAAGCCUCCAGCGCCAAAUGCCAAUUCCAGAGAGCCGAGGAGAUCCUGUCGUCGACUCUGGAAGGCGCCAUUGCGUUUUACGGCACCCGAAGCCACGCCCAGAUUGCGGACAUUCUCGGCAGUCUCGCGAGUGCCCUUCGAGAGCAAGGCCGGCAUGACGAGGCACACACGCUGUACGAAGACCUGCUGGGCAUCCAACUCGCCGUCUUUGGGACCAGGGACCACUUGGACGUCGCGCGAUUCCUCCACGAGCGCGCAAAGCUGCAGUCCCACAUGGGCAAGUAUAAAGAUGCCCUUCGAUAUCACCAAGAAGGGCUUGAGAUCCAGGCAAGAGUCUUCGGCACCAGGAUGCGCCUCGAAAUCGCAGCUGUGUUGGCGGAUCUCGGCGGCCUUGCGACUGCAAACGGGCACUACGACGAAGCCUACAGCUUUUACCAGGAAGCCAUCGAGAUCAAUGCCGCUUACUUUGGCACCAGGCAGCAUCCAAAAGUUGCCGCGAUCGUCCUCAACACCGGCGAUCUUGCCCAGAGCCAAGGGCGGUCCGACAAGGCUCUGAAGCUCUAUCAAGAAUCGCUGGAGCUAGUUACUCAAGCCCGCGGCGCCACAACGCACCCCGGCGCUGCUGUGGUGCUUAUCCGUAUGAGCGCCAUCGCCGAAAGUCGAAGCCAACUCGAGCAAGCCUCCGCGUAUCUGGGGCAUGCAAUCGAUAUCCUGGCUCAGGUCCACGAGACUCGUGAGCACGCCGAUGUGGCCAAGCUGCUCAGUGUCCAGGGCGACCUGGCCCGCGCCCUGGGCGACUACAAGCUUGCUCUGGAACUUUAUCACGAGUCGCUCAACACUCUCACCAAAGUUCUCGGCACCCAAGCCCAUGUCGAUGUUGCCGCUGUGCUGACCAAACUCGGGCCCGUGGCCCACGUCACGGACAAUUAUGACGAUGCCUUUCAGUACUCCCGGGAGCUUGUCGGCGUUCUCGGCAACCUCGGCGAUGCCCAGAGCCAAACGCAGAUCGCCGUCGCACUCGUCAACCUCGGCCACAUUGACAGCGCCCAAGGCCGUCCUCGAGAUGCCAUCAAGCACUACCGCGAGGCGCUGAGCUACCUUGUCGAGGUCCAUCCGACUCGCAAGCACGUCGACGUUGCGACAACGCUGAUGGCCCUGGGACUGGCCGAGGCUGCCGAGGGCAUGUCCAGCGACGCCCUGGCUCAUGCUCAGGAAUCUCUCGAUACGGUGAUGGGGCUCCAAACGGCAGGGCAUCAGGCAACACUGACCUCGCUUGCGACAAGCGCCAUUGACAGGAUCAAAACGAGCCAGCCAGAUGCAUCGCCGAGUCCUUCUGUCGCUACCACCGGUGACGCACAGCUGCUGAAUCUGCUCAAGACACUGACCCGGGCUCGUCUCGAGACCGAGCCAACAACGUUCCGGCUCUGGGACCUUGGCAGCAGCGUUAUGCCAAAGGAAUGGUGAUUACCUGGUGGCACCACCGCAGAGCUGCCGGGUGCACCGUCCUCCCGAUGCCUGCACAGCGUCCAGUGAUAUGCAGUCAUCAAAUGCCACACUGUCGUCCAACGACCAAUGCGGACUCUUGGAUGAUCAAACCAGCACCCCAAUGGCUCUGGCCAAGGACUCGCAAUCGGUCGGUGGCGCUCAUCUAUGAAAUCUAACAAGUCACCGCCGCAGCAGCUGUCAUCGGCACCGACGCUUGUCGGCAAUCGUUUCUUGUAUCUCGGCCUCGAAGAUUCAAUCUCGCACUCGGUGCUUGGCUGCUGUGUCCGUUGCUGUGUUGUCAUUGCUUUGUAACUGUCCCUCAGACACAGAGACGAGUUGGUGGCGCUCAUGAGCCUGCCAAAAGUUGGAACGAUGAAUCGUGCGCUGCUGACGGCGAUGUGGUGCUGCAAUAUCCAUC